AUGCGACAGUCGAGCGCCGUUUUGUUGGCUAUUUUCGCCGUGGUUUCCCUCGGAGUCGUCGUGCAGCGGAGAGACGAUCAAGCGACCGCCUGGGAUCCGACAACUCGUGAUUGGACGCAAAAGUGCACAGAUUUGGCUCAAUUUUCUGGGGAAAAUUUUUGCAAGGUUUUCGAGAUUUGUUGCGAAAAUGACCCGCUGAAUGGAGAUAAAUGCCAGGGCAAAGAUCCCGUUUGCGUCUACGACAAUGAUGCGAAGAAAGUUCAAGAAGCGCGGUGUACUUUGUCGAAUUGUACGGCGAUGAUCACCACCACUCCUCCACCAACCACACCCGGAUCAACAAAAAUAGCACCAAAUCGUCUCUACUCUGUUUUGGCGUGGGCAGCCUCAAUAAAAAUCAUUUCUCGACUUUCCCUUCCCUUCCCGAGCCCAGCUUCUCGCCUUUUCUACAGCAUGGGUUCUAAAGUCAUUCCUCUCAUCGUAGCUCUUAUUUCUUUAAAUUCUUUAUCCGCUCAAUCACCAACUGCCGCUUGUGUGGCCUGUGUGAACAAUCCCACUCAAUACUUCAACACGGCUACGAACACUUGCGUGAAUCUCGUUCUCUGGGGCCUGCGGGACGCCGUCUGUGGCCUCACUCUCCCCAACUCAACCGCUGUCUGUGAUCCGUUCAAUUGCCCUGUUGACCCACCAUCGACUUUCGCCUACAAUGAGAACAACGCAAAAAAUGUUUAUUGGAGAUUGCAAGGAGCAUUGAAGCUAGACACCGCCUCGCCUACAUUCACCCAGUGUACGCAAAAUGCUGCCUCUGAUAUUAUUUUCGUUGAUCGUGUCAAUGUGACUUGUGGAGUGCCGUUUCCCAUUGAUACAUGCAUUACUGAUGUCUAUGUGAUCCCAUCGCUUUCACAAAUCGUUUCGGUCUCUCGUGGAUCGAACAAUAUCACACAGAUUUUUCAAAUGGUGUUGACACUUGCCGCUCCAAUCUAUCCAAUUCUUUCAAAUGGAAAUAAUGGAAUGUUGGCUAUCAGCUACUUCCAAGAUGCGGCCAAUAAAACGUGGGAAGGUGGCCUUGGCGCAGCACUUCAAUCGUUGUUGACCAAUCCGACUUACUCUAGCUACAAGUUCGUUUCCGCCGGUCACUCACUCGGUGGUCCACAAGCAAUCAUCUUUGCCUCACUGGUCGGUAAACUUGGAUUGCGUCCGACGAAUCAAAUCGAAGUGUACACGACCGGGCAACCGCGCAUGGGAAACCGCAAAUACAUGGAAUCCGUCUAUCAAUAUGCUCCUCAAAUCUAUCGUAUCGUCAACCACGUCGAUCUGAUCGCGAUCACUCCACUCCGCACUAUCGCCAACCCGCUCAACGUGCAACACACCAAUUGGGUGCCGACACGUACACCCGAUGCAAUUGGCCCGAGCAACCGGCUUGCAUGGGCUAUACCCUUGCUGACUCGU